AUGAUCCAAAUACAAAACUUCAAUGAUAGUAAUUUUAUCGAGUUUUAUUUUAAAGGCUACAGGCUUUUUCUAACUAAUGAUUUGACUUUAAGUUUUUUAGUCAACAACUUCUUUUUUACAAAACUAUUUGAAAUUGAUGUCAUUAUAAAAAACUUAUCAUUCCUCAACUCAAAUUCUUAUAUUUCAACAUUUUUAAUUCGAUAUAAUCAGGAUGAAUGUGAUGACAAUCAAAAACCAAAAGAAAAGGCAAAUGAUAAUCAAAACUAUACUGGAAAUCAUACUACUAUUACAACUAAUAUUAAUACCACUACCACUACCACUACCACUACUAUCACUAAUAAUAAUAAUAAUAACAAGGAAAAUAAUAAAACAAAAAAUGAUGACAAAAGUUCUUACUCCAAUUCCAAAAUUCAGUUUAAAAUGCCUCACCACUCAAAAACAAAAGAUAUAACUAUCAGAUUCAAAGAUGUUUAUUUAUUAAAUGAAUUAAUUCACCAACAAAAAUCCAAUAAUUCACAUCAAUUGGCAAAUUUAUCUUCAAAUAUAUCUCCUGGCUAUCAUAAUACCCUUUCAGAUUCAUUUCAACAUACUUUUCUCCUCCCAAUCUCUGAGGUAAUUGAUAGCUCCUCAAAUCAAGAGACAGAUAAUUCCCAUUUGUAUUCUACAAUUAUCUUCAAGUAUCAUUUGAAUUCUUUUAUAUCGUUCUCAAAUAUCAUGUUUGAUUUUCUUCUAAGGGUCUUUCCAAAUAAUUCGUUAUAUUAUUUACAAAACAAUCUUAGCAAAUGUGUUAUCUUCAGAAAUAAAAACCAAAAAAUUUUGAAUAAUUUAUCUGAUAAAUUCACUAUACUGCAAAUUUCUCCCACAGAAAUUAUUGAAGCUAAAAUUGAGGAUUUUUCUCAGCAUUAUUUAACGGGAAAUCUGGUCUCCACUUUUAAUCAAAAACAUCAAAUACAAAUGGAUCCAAAAGACACUACUACCACGAAAGAAGAACCUCCUCCUAUACAAUCUCCUAAAAAGGCGGAUUCUCAUCUUACAAAUGAGAAAAUUGAUAUUGAUAUCAGUGAAGAAGAAUAUGACGACGAUGAUGACGAUUAUGAAGAUGAUAAAAUUAACAAUAAAAGAAAAAACCGUAAAAGACUUAGAAUUGUAUCUGAUGAUGAAUCAUUUGAAAAUGAGAAUGCUGAUCAUCGAAAACUACAAACAUUUUGCUUAGUAUUUUUUAAACUCACAACAAAUAUAACUGUAACUCAAAUCGUUUCAACUCAUGAAACAAUUGAGGAAUUUUUAAAUACAAAAAUCCAAGAUCAUAUUAAUACUUUUUUAAGUACUGAAAAGAUUUCCACCCAAGAAGGCUCCAAUUUAAUUUAUAAACACAAGGAUGUUGAAAUUGACGUCUCAAAAGAAUCAACAAUUCAGAAAUUGAAUAUAAAUCAUUAUGAUAUUAUUGAUGUAUUUGAGAAAAAAUCAAAACAAGUCAUUUCAAAAGAACAAUUGAAUUUGGCUCACAAAAAGAUAAAUCAACAAUUGUUCUCGCAAGUAGACUCAUCCUCCUCUAACAUCGAAAAAUCCGAUGAUCCUGAAAGCAUUAAAAAACACCAUCCCAAUUCCACUAAGACCAAAGAUCUUAAUCAAGCUCGUUCCCAUAAACAAAAUGAAAAUUCUUCCGAUAUUUCACUGACAAAAACCAAGUUGAACGAUACAAGUUCGAAGGUCAAUAAUAACAGCAACGAAAAACAAACAUCUAAAAUCAAAAACAUUCAAAGUCAAACUCCUCUUCAUCCAGCAAAUGAAACUGUUACAACAGCUGGCCCAAACCAAGUGCUAUCCAGCAAUGAGUCAAAAGAACAUCCAACACUUCCUAGCAAACCAGCCAAAAGUUUGCAAAGUAAUGUCAAUAAGAAUCUCAAUCCAUUUAGCAGACAUAGCUCACCUCAUGAUUCUCAUCCAUUCACCUUUGGAUUAGGUAAUAAAAGUUAUGAAAUUGCAAACUUGAACAUUAUUUCCAAGAAUAAACCUAAAUCUAUACCACCAUGGGUUCCGGAUAAAGAAAAAAGCUCAGACAGACUUUUUCUCAAUAGAUCUAAUUAUAAUCAACCAUCUACAGUUUCUGCAACUAAAAACCCAUUUUCUGCCGAUCCAAGAAAAUCAAUUUUUGCUAGUUCGCAGAAUCUAUUCUCGAAAAGUAACUCACCAAAAGUUUUGCAUACUCCUAUUAUUGCUAAUCCUGAUAAAAAUGCAAAUAUUAACCAUCCUAUAUUUUCAAAUGAUUCAAAAAGACUCUCAAAUCCUAACAUAUCAAAUAAAAAAAACACAAUUACCUACCUGUCCCCCUCAAGAGUUUCAGUCAGGCUUGAGGUAAACAAGAAUGCUAAAAUUGGGACAUCUUUAAAAGAUUUUUGCAAGAAAAGUCAUUUGAAUUUUCAAAUAAUGAAGAUUUUCUUUAAUGGUGCUGAAAUCAACCAAGAUUUUACACCAGAUGAACUUGGGCUUGACAAUGAUGAUAUUAUUAAUCUAAAGUUUUUUUACUAA